AUGUCGAAGACGCUGCGGAAGAAGCGGCACUGGCUGAGCAAGGUGCAGGAGUGCGCCGUGUCCUGGCCGCCGCCGCCCGGCGGGGCGCCCGACCCGGACCUGCUGCGGGGCGGCGCCGAGCUCGGCGAGGUCCCCUACCUGGGGGGCCGCCUGCUGCUGGGCGAGCUGGGCGGGCCCGGCCCGGUGCUGCUCUCCGGCAAGCCCCCCAGCCCCGGGGACGUGCUGCUGGAGGUGAACGGCACCCCCGUGAGCGGCCUCACUCACCGCGACACCCUGGCCGUCAUCCGCCACUUCAGGGAGCCCGUGCGCCUCAAGACCGUCCGCCCAGGAAAAGUGAUCAACAAAGACUUGCGUCACUACCUGAGUCUUCAGUUCCAGAAAGGCUCAGUAGACCAUAAACUCCAACAGGUGAUCAGAGACAAUCUUUACCUGAGAACCAUCCCAUGCACUACAAGGGCUCCCAGGGAUGGGGAGGUCCCAGGGGUGGACUAUAAUUUCAUUCCUGUUGAACAGUUUAAAGCAUUGGAAGAAAGUGGAGCCUUGCUAGAAAGUGGAACAUAUGAUGGUAAUUUCUAUGGUACCCCAAAGCCUCCAGCAGAGCCCAGUCCCUUUCAGCCAGACCCAGUGGAUCAAGUUCUUUUUGACAAUGAUUUUGAUGCAGAAUCCCAGAGAAAAAGAACCACGUCGGUCAGCAAGAUGCAAAGAAUGGAUAGCUCUCUUCCUGAGGAGGAAGAGGAGGAAGAAAAGGAAGCAGUUAAUGGCAGUGGAGGUGCAGAAAACAGAGAGAGACAUUCAGAUUCUUCUGACUGGAUGAAGCCUGUUCCUAGUUACAACCAGACAAGCAGCUCCAUGGAUUUCAGAAAUUACUUGUCAAGGGAUGAGAGCCUAGAGCCUCUACCCAAGAACUGGGAGAUGGCCUACACAGACACAGGCAUGGUCUACUUCAUAGAUCACAACACCAAGACGACCACUUGGCUUGAUCCUCGACUCUGUAAGAAAGCCAAAGCUCCUGAAGACUGUGAGGAUGGAGAACUUCCUUAUGGCUGGGAGAAAAUAGAAGACCCUCAAUAUGGAACAUACUAUGUCGAUCACAUUAACCAGAAAACCCAGUUUGAAAAUCCAGUAUUGGAAGCCAAGAGAAAAAAACAGCUAGGCCAGACUGAUGUUGGCCCUUCAAAACGAGAAUCAGAGAAGUCACUCUUCACCAGAGAUCCAGCCCAACUUACAGGAGCCCUUAUACGGACAUCAUUGAAGAAAAGCACUAUGGGAUUUGGUUUCACAAUCAUCGGUGGAGACAGACCGGAUGAGUUCCUCCAGGUGAAGAAUGUGUUGAAAGAUGGACCUGCUGCGCAGGAUGGGAAAAUUGCGCCAGGUGAUGUCAUUGUAGACAUAAAUGGCAGCUGUGUCCUUGGCCAUACCCAUGCAGAUGUUGUGCAGAUGUUUCAGCUAGUUCCUGUCAGCCAGUAUGUGAAUAUGACUUUGUGUCGUGGUUACCCGCUUCCUGAUGACAACGAAGAUCCUGCUGUAGACAUGGUUACAGCUACACCCAUCAUCAAUGGCCAGCCAAUGACCAAGGGAGAUAUCUGCAUAACCAGCCAAGAUUUAAUACCUGGAACAGUCAUUUUAGACCAAAAUGGGAAACCGGGUCACAUUUUGGUCAAUGGUCGCCUGAACAGCCCUUCCAUGGACCCAAGUGAACAGAGGAUCUCCCUAUCUUCUCCAGGAGGCUCCCAGCCAGAACUAAUCACUAUUCCUCUGGUCAAGGGCCCUAAAGGAUUUGGGUUUGCAAUUGCAGACAGCCCUACAGGGCAGAAAGUGAAGAUGAUUUUAGACAGCCAGUGGUGCCACGGCCUUCAGAAGGGAGAUGUAAUCCAAGAGAUUUACCAUCAGAACGUACAGAACUUGACACAUCUGCAGGUGGUGGAGGUGCUGAAGCAGUUUCCAGUGGGAGCCGAGGUCCCGCUGCUUAUCUUAAGGGGAGGUCCCCCCUCACCUGCUAAAACUGCCAAAGUGAAAGCAGAUAAGCAGGAGAAUUCAGGAAGCUUAGAGGCGAUCAGUGAUUCCACUCCACAGCUUAUGCCAUUCCCACCUGCUGCUGUGAGGUCAGGUUCUCCAAAACUAGACCCUUCAGAAGUCUAUCUGAAGUCUAAGACAAUAUUUGAAGACAAGCCUCCAAACACAAAGGAGUUGGAUGUUUUCCUGCGAAAACAGGAGUCUGGGUUUGGCUUCCGUGUGCUCGGAGGGGAUGGACCAGACCAGUCAAUAUAUAUUGGGGCCAUCAUCCCACUGGGAGCAGCAGAGAAAGACGGCCGACUCCGAGCUGCUGAUGAGCUGAUGUGCAUUGAUGGAAUCUCUGUCAAAGGGAAAUCACACAAACAGGUCCUGGACUUAAUGACCGGUGCUGCGCGGAAUGGCCAGGUGCUGCUCACUGUCCGGAGGAAGAUCUUCUUUGGCGGCGAGAAACAGCCAGAAGAGGAGGAGUCGCAGCUGCCCAUUUCCACUCAAAAUGGAUCUCCCCGGCUGAACCGGGUAGAGGUCACAAGCAGACAGCCCCCAGAAGCCUAUGAUGUCCGGCUACAGCGGAAAGAGAAUGAAGGAUUUGGCUUUGUCAUCCUCACCUCAAAAAACAAACCUCCUCCUGGCGUGAUUCCCCACAAGAUCGGGCGUGUUAUUGAAGGAAGCCCAGCCGAUCACUGUGGGAAGCUGAAAGUGGGAGACCGUAUCUCAGCCGUGAAUGGGCAGUCAAUCGUAGAGCUGUCCCAUGACAGUAUAGUGCAGCUGAUUAAAGAUGCAGGUCACGUGGUCACCCUGACUGUCGUUGCUGAGGAAGAGCACCGUGGCCCCCCUUCAGGAACCAACUCUGCCAGACAAAGUCCAGCCCCACAGCACAGACCUAUGGGAACAACACAAGCCAACUCUGCAACAGCAGACAGAGGAGUCACAGAAGAUGAAGCUGGAAGAGAACUUUCCAACAGUUACAGGCUUCCCUGGCCUGAGCACAAGCACUUGCCCCAGCCCGAUGGUGGCGUUCUCUCCAUUGUAGGCAGCCGUCCUUCUCAGAGUCUUGGCUGUUCUCCAGUAGAACUGGAACGAGGCCCUCGGGGUUUUGGAUUCAGUCUUCGCGGAGGAAAGGAGUAUAACAUGGGCUUAUUCAUCCUUCGACUUGCUGAGGAUGGGCCUGCUAUCAAGGAUGGAAGAAUUCACGUUGGUGACCAGAUUGUUGAAAUCAAUGGCGAACCUACCCAAGGUAUCACUCAUACACGAGCCAUUGAGCUGAUUCAAGCAGGAGGAAAUAAAGUUGUUCUUCUUCUGAGACCAGGGACUGGCUUGAUACCAGAUCAUGGUGAUCAAGAUAGUUUUAAUCCAUCAUCCUCAAAUAUAAUAUAUGAUGAACAGUCACCAUUACCCCCCUCUUCGGUAUGUGAUUUACCAGUACUGGAAGAAGCUUUAGCAAAUGUUCACAUAUCUGAGAAACUGGAAGAAGCUAAGAACACUGUGCCUGACAAGAAAAGCACUUUAACUGAAAACCAGACUGAGCUGAAGGAUCGGUCUCCUAUCCAGAAGCAUAUGAAGAGAUGGGACCCGCUUACCAGUUUAGGGUAUAAGCUGUCAAAAAAUAAUUUAGAAUUAGUAACUGAUGACAUCAUUAGGAGAGACAGAUCUGAGAGUCCAAAAAGAUUGGGCACAUCUGCGGAAUCGCAGCAAGUGGGGCUCCACAGUCCAAGGAAAGGUGAGAGACAAAACACACACAGCAGUCUCUCAGACCAGUCCGAGCAUCCCAGGAGAGGGGAGAAUACACACUCAGAAAUCCAUUUAAAAGAAACUUUGAGAGGAAACCAAGGCAGAUCUGUCAGUCCCCAAAAGCAUCCCAAAAAAGAAGAAAGUGGGGACAAAUCAGACAAGUUACUAGAGACUCAAGAUGAAAUAGCUGGUGGUGGUGAUAUUGAGACUAUUGAGCUGUUCAAAGAUGGAAAUGAAAAAUCAGGAGUAACACAGCAAGACACAAAGCAGAACAUUGCUGGAAAGAAUAAGAAGUGGCCUCAAGAGAGAAAAAAAACAAAAGUGGAUGAAAAGACUCUUCCACUAAAUAAGACGAAUGAGCCUAGGAGAAAAGUAGAUGAAGAUGAAAAAAUAAAGAAAGCCAGUGCUGGAGAGCCAAGUUCUAGCAACUUCAAAACUGCAAGUCUUUCUGAUGUUUCACAGCUUUCCAAGGGAAAAAAAAGUAGGCUUGAAACACAAGAUCCAGUUAUUCUGAACAAAGACGACACAGAAAAAGACUUGGAGCCAACUGAUGAAACCAAAGAUGAUGGAAUUUCAAAAACUGAAUGCAGCUCUCCAGUCAAGAAAGCACCAAUAACUCCUGGACCUUGGAAGGUACCAAGUGCAAGUAAAGUCACAAAAGCAACAGGUGUCACUGAAAAACGGGUUUGA